CUCACACUAGACCACUCUGCAGGCCAAGAUGGUUUACAGGGCCUGUGGGCCUUGUAGAGCGCGCGACAAGCAACACGAUCGGCCUGUCUAACCCCCGUGGCUGUGUACCUGACUCCUUCCUGAACAUCGACCAAUCCUGCUCCAAUGCUUCGACCUCUUGUUUCACUCUAGUGCUGAAGGUGCAAGUAUAUCCUCCUUUUCAUGCCCGAUGUACAUGUCCACAAGUCCAUCCUUCCUAAUUUUCCGUUCUACACUCUUUCAUCGAACUCGGGCGGGCAAAGUCAUUCGUUAUCUUUGACCCCUUCUUAGUGCUGGAUUAUCUUUCUUUCAAUCCAUACUACAUUUCUGCGAUUGUGUAUCUUCCAAAACAGAAACCCACACUCUCUUAAACAUUGAAUUUAUUGUUGUAUUUUGCAAAACUUCAGCUCCUCCAUAUUCUUCAUCAACAUGAAGGUCACUCGGGCUAUCCUCACCACUGGCCUUGUCGGCCACGCCGCUGCCACCUGGAACAUGUUCGAGAAUCCUUUCAACUCUCCCAACUACAACAACAACGAGUGUAGCGACAAGCAAAAGGCCGGAUUCGAUUGGUCGGACCUCAAGGAUGGCGACUCGAACUUCAGCUAUGGCGAUUUCGAUUUCUCCGGUGGCUGGAAAUGCUCUAACUCUUUCGGCAAGCGGGAUCUCCUCACCAAGCGCACAUUCGGAAGCAAGUGCAUCAAGAACAAGGUCAGCAAGAAACAGCCGGCUUCUUUCGGCUGUGAUAAGCGCAAGUCUGGUUUCUCGAUCACGCACAUCGAUGUCUCUGUCGAGUACGACGUAGACCUUGAACUUCACUACCACAUGGAAGAUGGCUCGAAGUGUAAGCAGGUCGCUUCCUGCAGCUCCUCCGGAUCCACUAUCCAGAACACCCAGUGUGGUGGUGCGAAGUCAGUCGACGUUUACCUUCCCCAGCACGACAAGUCGGACAAGGAGUGCGAGAUUGGAUUCCACAACAUUGGUUUCGACUGCAACCCCGGUAAGGGAUACAACCCACCUUCGCCUCCUGAGGCAUCUAAGCCUGCUUCUUCCGCGCCUCCCAGAAUUCCGACUGCCUCCACACCUGUUGUCUCCAAGCCUGCAUCUAUACCGGUUCCCCCGACUACCAGCGCUGCUUGUGACGGCGAAUACUGUGCAUCUCAGCCGCCUGCAUCUACACCGGUUCCCUCGACCAUCAGCGCUGCUUGUGACGGUGAAUACUGUGCAUCUCAGCCGCCUGCAUCUACACCGGUUCCCCCAACCACCAGCGCUGCUUGUGACGGCGAAUACUGUGCAUCUCAGCCACCUGUAUCCUCCACUCCGGCCCCUUCUGCCCCGGUGCCCAGCGCCCCAGCCACCGAAAUCACUGUCUCGACCGCCUCGGUACCCACCCGACCUGCUACUGAGCCUCACUCAACUUCCUGCGGCGGGUACGGACAAGGAUCGUGCGAGGGCCCCACCGUUAUCUCUUCGGCACCUGUUGAAACGCCUCCAACAUCUCACAGCACGCUGAAGGUCUCCAGCACAGUCCCUUCUGCUGCUCCCUACACCGACAGCUCUGCUCCUGCAUCUCCUGUGCCUACUUAUGAGACCAGCCCAGUUCCCCAGCCUCCUGCUUCCGCACCCCCCAGCACUUUGACUGCCUCCAGGUCUCCCGUAUGUGAUGGUAGCUACGGAGAGUCGUGCGAGGGGACCACUGCUGUCUCCACUCCUCUUGCUCCUCCAGUAUCUUCUGGCUCCGUCAUUCUGAGCACUGGCGUUCCUCAGCCUUCCAGCCCCAGCUAUUCGCCUGUCAGCCCUCCUGAUGUCUUGCCGAAGUGCAUGAACACAUGGUUGGAGGUCUCCGGCGAUUGCAAAAACAACGCUGAUGCUUCCUGCUACUGCAAGAACAAGGACUUCACCAAGCAGGUCAUUGACUGCGUUUCCGCGUGGUGCGGCACCGAUGACGAGACUCGGGAGGCCCUCCAGUACCUCAUCGGCAUCUGCGCUGAGCAUGUUCCUGAGAACCCUGGUCUGGUUACUGAUUGCCCAUCCUACAUCCCUCUAAACCCAACUCCUGCUUCGCCUACUGCUCCUGCUAGCGGCGUCAGUACCACCGCAGGUGAGGUUGGCAGCACCACUGCUGCUGUUCCUGUAACCACACCCGCCCCCGAGGUUCCUUCUGGCGGUGUCACUGGCAACGUCCCUGCUUCGACUCCGGCCGCUUCGACUCCUUGCACCACGAUUACAUACGGCACCACUACCCUCACUCUCCCUCAGGUUCACUUCACGACGCAGACCAACGACGCUGGUGCAACCCCAACCCAGCCCGUCGGUCUUGCCCCUGGUACUGCGCCUGCGCAGACUCCUGCAAGCACCACUGCUGCACUUUACCCUGUGUCCGGCACCACGCUUGCCACGUUCAAGCCUACGGGCACCGGAGGCUACAGGCCUACGUCGCCAGCUGAGUUCACUGGUGCUGCUGCGCCCUUCAAGCUCGAGGCUCAGCACGCCAUCUUCGGUGCCAUACUGGCCCUGUUCGCCUUGUAAUCUCGUUUCUCUUCCUGGACAUUGAGUAGGCGCUGGUGAAUCGCACACAGCUAGAUAUAUAGAGCAUAUUCUGGACAAUUAUAAUACGCAAAGCGUUCCCUCGA